CGAAACAAUUAAAGGUGGUCUCAUUUGUACAACAACCAAAAGUCAUGCGAAAAAGAAGAUAACAACAAAGGAAAUGCAAACAAAAAUCGAUAUCUUAGUACCGUCAAACCUGGUGGGCUGGUAACAGCCGCUUGCGUGAGACCACCUAUUUAUACCCGCCUUGGCGCUUUAGUAAGAAAACUGUACCGCAAUUCUGCAACUUACAACGAACAUCCGUUUUAGCAAGGCGAAACAAUUAAAGGUGGUCUCAUCUGUACAACAACCAAAAGUCAUAUGGUGCAAUUCGCCAUCUUGCCAUCAAGCUGAUCGACGUUUUGCCAACACACUUAAAGAAAUUUGUGUACGUGUGCAUACAUGAGCAGAGAAUUUUCGAAAAAGAAGAUAACAACAAAGUGUGCAAUAAUGGGGAACGUUUGCAGUUCUGGGCAAAGUAAAAAGAAGGAUAGCUUAUCAGAGAAGUCGGAUGACUCGUAUGGCACCGAGAAGGACUGCAAUAAACAAGAAUUUGAUGAACAAAAAUUGGCUCCCUUGGCAGAUCCUGAGAUGUCUGACAUAGCAAAAUCUAAAACAAUUGCAGGAGAGGUGUUGAUGAAUAAAGAAAGUGCUAUGCCGCCAUCAACCAAUAAAAUCCAAGAAAAUGCUCCGCAAAUAAUGUCAGAUACACCAAAGUCAAUAAUUAACACUACCCAAAAUAAAGAACUACGAAAUGGAUUGGAGCACAAGGCCACGGUGCCCCAUUAUCUUUUGACACUUCAAGGAAAAUCACUUAUAGGAAGGAAUAUUGAGAGAAAUAAGAAAAUUGUCGUAUAUGUGUUGUCUGAUAACAAUCCGGAAUAUAAAAAGCAUAUGGGAGUGAUUUACAGCUUGCAAAAACAAUUGCUAAAAAAGUGUCAGGAAAAGGGUUUUGAAUUUUUAAUAUCAAAUCUUCACAGUACCGAUGUUGUAGAUCCAGCAAAAAAUUUGAUAUUAACGAAAACAACUCGUUGGACUCACUCUCCCUUGGAGGCUCAAGGUGGACAUGAAGAAGCUGCCAAUUGUCUAUCAGAAAUUAAUAGGCAUUCAUCGACAGCUUAUGUUAUUCCUAUUUUACUUCUUGGUUCUUCGCUAGGCCCAACCAUGCUACCAUUGACAAUUGAAAGCCAAGAUUUCACACAAGUUUUAGUAACGGCAACGGACGAAGAAAAGUGCUUGCUGGAGAAGUGGUAUAUUAUAGAUAAUUGCUACCAACCAAUGUGCCAUCGUUUAAAUACGGAAUUAUGCACAGAAUCCUCUUCCCCAUUAGAUAAUGAAUUAAACAACUUGUUUGAAAUUUUAUUGCGCUUGUUCUCUGAUGAUUUGAAAGAUUCCUAUAUGUCAACAAUUGUUGAACAAGAAAUUAACAACACUGUAUUUAUGAGCCAAGAACUAGCCAAACGUUGCAUUUGGAUACAUGAUACCGAAAUGUCAUGUUUCAAUGGUCCAAAUGUUACCACAGCUUAUGAUAAGGAAGUCAACCGAAGAAUGUCUAGACUUUAUGAAGAUCUUAAAGCUCAUUUAUCUGAGAGAAAUAUGAUACGUAUUUCGCAAUCAAUGGCAAUUUCAGAUGAAGAAUUGGCUAUAGUAAUAGAAAAUUUAAUACAAAAGUGUAUUGAUUGUAUUUUCGAAGAGCAUACUGCAAAGAGCACAAUGUCCAAAAACACGAACGGGGUCGACCAUGUCUUGCUGGAAGAAAUCGAAUUAAUUGGCCAUUAUUCAAACAUUCUUGCACAAAACUCACCAAAUUUCGAAAUAAUGAACGAUAUCAAGAGAUACAUAAAAGAUAAUACGAGUCACCCCCUCAUUGUUUCUGGACCAAGCGGAUGUGGAAAAAGCGUAUUUAUUUCAAAAAUAGUUGAAAAUAUUUUCAAGUGGAAGCCCGAAACAAAUUUGGUACUAAGAUAUGCGAAUUUGGCAGCCCGGUCGUCGGAUAUCGUAUUAUUGUUGGGUUCGUUAGCUUGUCAACUAUCGGUAUUGGCUUAUGGGCGUCAAAUUAGAGCGAAUCACACACUUGAAGAGUAUGCUGAAAUAAUACGAGACAUCAUUCUUCAAAACAAAUGCUCAUUUGUUCUUAUUCUUGACUCAGUAGACGACAUAAUGGAUGAGGUUAAUGUGGAUUGGUUGCCACUUAAUCUGAAUGGCACAUGUAAAGUUAUUUUAACGUUGACGGAGAACGAGGAAAAAAAUCCGAUCAUACAAAUAUUGGAGGACAAAGGAAUUCCAAGCAAGUGCUUCAUUAAAAUGAAACAGUUUAGCACACGCCAAUGGCAAGAUGUUCUCAGUACGGGUGGAGGAGAUUAUUAUGCGGCCAACGGAGCGAUAAAAAUACCGCAAGAAUGGAAAAUCUUAAACGGCAAGACGCCAUUCCAUGCAAAGUCGCUGUGGUGGUUAGCUUGGCUGGGUCAUAGUUCCAUUAUAAUGACAAAUAUAAAAGAAAUGAUGGAAACAAUUUUGCAGGUUAUUGAAUCGAAAUUUUCUAAUGAUAACGCCGAAAUAUUGAUGUUAAUAUUGGCUGUAUCUCAAUGGGGCAUUCGGGAAUGCGAUUGUAUUGAUAUAUUCCAGAAAACCAUUCAAACCGAUUCCAAAGCAGCAUUUCGAAUAUGGUCGAGGUUUUGUUGGUUAAUGGGUCCAAUGCUCAUAACAAUUCGAAAUAUAAGAAUAGCAGACAAACAGCUACGGCAUGCUAUUUUGUCAAAGUACCAGCAUAAACAUGCACAAAUUCAUCAAAUUAUUCGCGAUUUCUAUGAUAGACAAGAUGCAUGUUUCCAACAUUCGAAAGAAUCAAAUCCCAUUUAUAACACCGAGAAAUUUUUAAAAUUGCCUUACCAUCAUUUUUACAGCAUAAUGGAGGAUCAUACAGGAACUAACAAAAUCGACAUACUCGUUCACUGCUUUUACUUUACUGAGCUCCAGUGGAUGGCAAAUAAAGUACACGCAACAGGAGUUGAAAAUCUUAUGAGUGAUGUUCUUAUAUGUGAACAUUUUGUUAAAACUUCCGUGCGGUCGUACAUACAUAUCCAAAUGCUUAAAACGUUUUUGUGUCAAUACAUGCAUGAACUUAAUUAUGAUGGAUUUCAGUUUUAUACACUAUUCAAAUUCUAUUUAAAGUCUCGAAUUCGAGAGGAUCCAUCUGUAAAUGACGACCAAAUUAUACGUUCUUGGCUCGAAGCAACCAAUGAAUUGGAAAUUCCAUUCCUAGAUAUUAUUAACAAGUCUUUCGGCGAAGAGGUAAAAUCGCAAAGAAAAAGCUUUGAUGCUUUGGUUAAUUUACCUCAUCAAGGAUUCUUCAUUGCAUCUAUAAGUACUGAAAGAGAGGAAAUUUGCGUGUGGGACAUUCGAAAAUGUACUCGUGUUCGUGUACUCAACGGUAUAUCUCAACCAACUGCCAUAUGUCCCUUCGGAGCCUAUGAUGCGGCGGUGUUAUGUAGAAGAGAAAUUAAGGUAAUCAAUUUGGAUGAAGGCAAAUUCAAGGUAACACUCAAAGGUGUAAUGAAUCAAAAAAUGCCGUUUUUCGGCUUGCACGAUCAAAAGCAUCUAGUUUGUCUUUCUCGGAACCGCAUGUAUGUUAAUUUAAUGAAUUUGGAGUCAGGCGACUGCAUAACCACCUUCAAAGCAGGAGAAGACAGAUUUCUCAAUUCUCUUCUUGUUUCAGGAGAUGGCAGAAUACUGGUAUGUGGCGAUGAAACCCAAAAGCCCUUCCCUCUUCUUGUUUGGCAUUUAUCACAAAGAAAACUCCUUUAUGAUUUACGCAUUCCGCACCAUGACUUUUUAACCGCCCUGUCGGCCAUCACUCACGAAGGAUCAUAUGUGUGUGUUGUUGCGAAGGAAUUGAAUGAACCUACCCCUAACUUUAUUGUGGUGUACGAUUUACAGAGCGGAACAUUAUUCAAGAAGUGGAAACCAACGUGCGAUACUACUUCAUUGGCAAUAUCCCAAACGAAUGCGUGUGUCAUUGCGGGAUUGGAGAAUGCCAAAAUACUUAUAUGGGAUCUAGUAACAGGAAACUGCAGAGCAACAUUAAAUGGACAUAAUGCUCCAGUGACCUUACUCAAACUCGAUCCAAUGUGUAAAGUUCUCAUGUCCACAGAUAAGGAAGGUCGAGAUAAUGCCUUACGCUUAUGGGAGUUGCAAACAGGAAAGUCCUUAGGAGUUUUCAAACCACCUGCAACAAUUUCUGCUUGUGAAAUUUUGCCCAACUGUACCUAUGUUGCUGUGGCAUUGGCAGAUCGUUCCGAACUUUUAACACUGGCGCUCAACAAUUUCGCUUUAAAUUUAACUCCUGAUGAUAGCCUCUAUGUGCAGUAUGGCAACCAAGAUAAUCAAAACAAAAUAUUUCAGUUAAACUUGGAUAAAACUGUAUAGCUAUAAAUCAUAUUAUCCAAAAUAUUUUUCUAUUAUAAUGUGUAGUUAAUUACGUGGAAAAAAUACCCAUAGCAUUUACAAUGCAUCCAUAUGCAUAAAAUCUGCCAAUUAAAGUUAAAAGACAGUUACA